AUGGGUUUUGUAAUUGCUAGGACUCAGUCAGGCCCCAGGUUGAAGAGCCCUUCUGUCAUUUGCAUAUUAUUGUACAUUUUCCUUGCAUUACUAUCUUUUAUUACAGUAUGUGGAAACCUUCUUGUAAUUAUCUCUAUUGUUUAUUUCAAACAGCUCCACACUCCUACAAACUACCUUAUUCUGUCUCUGGCUGUGGCUGAUCUCCUUGUUGGCCUUUUAGUGUUUCCUCUCAGCAUGGCAUUCUCUCUUAGCUCAUGUCUGUAUCAUGAACACUUAUUCUACAGAUAUUAUGCAGUGUGUCAGCCUCUGACAUACACAAGCAAAAUAAAUCACAAUGUUGUUAUGAUGAUGAUCUUCUUGAGUUGGGAUUCAAUGCUCAAUCCAUUUAUUUAUGCUUUUUUUUACAGCUGGUUUAGAUCAGCUUUCAGAAUGAUCAUUUCUGGAAAAAUAUUUAAAGGUGAUUUUGCAAAUACAAAACUGAAUUGA